AAAAAAAAAGAAAAAAAGAAUACAACAAAAAACCAACCCAGUGGUACUUGAACUGGCAAAGAGGAGACACAGUUUGGGCUACCCCUUUAAAAAAAAAAGCCAAGAAAAGAAAGAAUUCUAAUUAACCCAGCAAGGGUAAUUUUUCUUCUUGCAUUUUUCUCUGCGUGUGGGCAAAUUCCAAUUUUUCUACUUUUGUGCGAGCGUGUGUGUACAUUACCCAAUUUUUAUUUCAUUUUUUUUAAAGAAAACCCUCCUGGUGGAAGAAGUGCACUUUGCUUCCCCCCACUUCUUUUUCGCUACCCCGCCCCCCACCCCUAAGCACUCUGGAAAAAUAAAAGUGUCAGCGCCUGGUGAAGGUGGUGGUGGUGGUGGUGGUGGGGGGGAACCCAUCUUCUCUCCUGAAGUUCAAGAAAAGAUCUGGAAGCGGUGGAAAGGAAAAACAACACAAAAAGACAGUGGUCUUGCGAAAAUAAAACCAAGCCUUCCCCAUUUCUCUCGAUGCUGCUUUUUUAAUUGAAGGAAGAACCUCAUCUUGAGUGCGCCAAGGAGGGGAAAAGAGUUUUUCACCCUCUUCUCUCUCUCUUUUAAAGUUCUUCAUUGUGCUUUUUAAAAAAGAAGAAGAGAUCCGUCAAGAAGAAAACAGAAGAGGAGGAGGAAGAAGAAAAGAAAAAGAAGAUCGCUCCCUCCUCCUCCGACCCGAUCCCCCCCUACCCAAGUCCAGCUCUCCAGGAGAUGACCGUGUAAAUGCAAGGGCAAUGUCCCGUCGCAAGCAGGGAAACCCGCAGCACUUAUCACAAAGGGAAAUUAUCACGCCAGAGGCUGACCAUGUGGAAACGGCCAUCACCCAUGAGGAUGACAGCCUAGCCAUAGGAGAACCAGUUGGGCUCAGCCUUGCGACGGGUGGAGCAGACCCCGACCUAUUAACCUGUGGACAGUGUCAGAUGAACUUCCCCCUGGGAGACAUCUUGGUUUUUAUAGAGCACAAGAAGAAACAGUGCAAUGGCGCUGGUGGUACCUGCUAUGAAAGGAACCUGGAUAAGACCAGCCCUCCCCCUUCAUCACGCUCCGAGCUCAGGAAAGUGUCAGAGCCUGUGGAAAUUGGGAUCCAAGUCACACCCGAUGAAGAAGACCGUCUUCUCACGCCUACAAAAGGAAUUUGCCCCAAGCAGGAGAACAUUGCAGGUAAAGAUGAGCCUUCAAGCUAUAUUUGCACAACUUGCAAGCACCCUUUUAAUAGCGCUUGGUUCUUGCUUCAACAUGCCCAGAACACGCAUGGAUUCCGCAUCUACCUGGAAACAAGCCCUUCAAACAGCUCCCUUACUCCACGCAUCACCAUCCCUCCUCCUCUGGGACCCGAGACUGUUGCACAGUCCCCGCUGAUGAAUUUUCUUGGUGACAACAACCCUUUUAGCCUCUUACGAAUGACAGGUCCAAUCCUGCGUGAACACCCUGGUUUUGGUGAAGGUCGACUCCCCAACACACCUCCCCUCUUCAGCCCACCACCUCGUCAUCAUCUGGAUCCACAUCGCCUUAGUGCCGAAGAAAUGGGGUUAGUUGCCCAGCAUCCCAGUGCCUUUGACAGAGUCAUGCGUUUAAACCCCAUGGCAAUUGAGUCGCCAGCGAUGGAUUUCUCCAGAAGGCUUCGAGAACUGGCAGGGAACAACUCCACCCCUCCGCCAGUCUCUCCCAAUCGCAACAACCCUAUGCAUCGCUUGUUAAAUCCUUUCCAACCAAGCCCUAAAUCUCCUUUUCUGAGCACCCCACCAUUGCCACCAAUGCCCCCAAGCAGCACUACGCCUCCCCAGCCUCAGGCUAAAAGUAAGUCUUGUGAAUUUUGCGGGAAAACGUUCAAGUUCCAGAGCAACCUCAUUGUCCACCGGCGCAGUCACACAGGAGAAAAGCCCUAUAAAUGCCAGCUCUGUGAUCAUGCUUGUUCCCAAGCCAGCAAGCUAAAACGCCAUAUGAAAACACAUAUGCACAAAGCUGGGUCCAUGACAGGGAGAUCAGAUGAUGGACUGUCUGCUACAAGCUCCCCUGAGCCUGGCACAAGUGAACUUACUGGAGAGGGACUCAAGUCUAGUGAGGCAGACUUCAGGAAUGAAAGUGAUCCUUCUCUAGGCCAUGACAAUGAAGAAGAGGAGGAAGAGGAGGAGGAGGAAGAGGAGCUGGAAAAUGAAAGUAGACCCGAGUCAAGCUUUAGCAUGGACUCCGAAUUAAGUCGUAACCGAGAGAAUGGUUCCAAAUCGCUGCCAGAUGAAAAAUCACUUGUCCUAGGAAAAGUCAUAGAGAAUGUAGGCCUCGGCACCAUCCAGCAAUACAGUGACAUGCUGGCUGAAAAGCAGAAAAGGGGUGGCUUCAUGAAAAGGUCUUCAGAUCAACGAGAUCUCUGUCCUAGAGACCUUUGUCAGAGAGACACGGGUGAUGAAGACUCGGUAGCUGGAGAACUUGACCGCACUGAGGAAGGGACAGUCAACGGGAGAAACUUUGGUCCAGGUGAACCCUUCCCAGGUCUGUUCCCUCGCAAGCCAACCCCCAUCACAAGUCCCAGUUUAAAUAACUCGUCAAAAAGAAUAAAAAUAGAAAAAGAUUUGGACUUGCCACCAGCAACAAUAAUACCUUCUGAAAAUGUUUACUCACAGUGGCUGGUAGGAUAUGCAGCAUCAAGACACUUCAUGAAGGAUCCUUUUCUAGGAUUCACAGACUCCCGACAAUCCCCCUUUGCAACUUCUUCUGAGCAUUCCUCAGAGAAUGGAAGCCUGCGUUUCUCCACUCCACCAGGCGAUAUGCUGGAUGGCGGUCUCUCAGGGCGCAGCGGGACGGCGAGCGGAGGCAGCACGCCCCAUAUCAGUGGACCUGGACCCGGUCGACCCAGUUCAAAGGAAGGACGGCGGAGCGAUACAUGCGAGUACUGUGGCAAGGUCUUUAAGAACUGCAGUAACUUAACGGUGCAUCGCCGGAGCCACACGGGAGAGCGGCCUUACAAAUGUGAGCUCUGCAACUAUGCAUGUGCCCAGAGCAGUAAGCUGACGCGCCAUAUGAAAACACAUGGCCAGAUAGGGAAGGAGGUCUACCGCUGCGACAUUUGCCAGAUGCCCUUCAGUGUUUACAGCACCCUGGAGAAACACAUGAAAAAGUGGCAUGGCGAACAUUUGCUGACAAAUGAUGUCAAAAUUGAGCAGGCAGAAAGAAGCUAAGGCCCCCAAUGGGUUAAAAUCAGGGGUCUAGGUAACAUUUAAGUUGUACAGUUUAACUAUUGCCAACUGAGAAUAGCUGACCUAACUUGCCUCCAUAAACCUAACUUAGCAUAACUAUGGCAGGUGCCAAAAUUUGGCACUUAAAUAUAACCUGUGUCUACAAAGUUCUAUUAAACCUGAGGAUUGGUUAAGGCAGUAAAAAUUGUGAAGCCUUUUAACUGUGCAAUAAUUUCUGUAUUUAUUGGGUUAUUUUGUAUUUUUUUAUUUUUGGCAUGUGCAGGUACUUUUUUUUAAUACAUUUUUUCAUUUUUAGAUUUCUUUUACAUUUUUUGUUGGGUAUCCCAUUUUAAUUUUCCCCAGUUGUAACCUGAGAUUAUUUGCAUUACAGGGGGAGAUGCAUAUCAAUUUAAAUUAUAAUUUUAGAGGGCCGCUGCUUUGUUGAAUCUUAUGCUAAGCAUGUGUAAUUUCUUGUGAAGAAGCCAUCAUUUUAAGUAAUAAUUUUUUCUUUAUUUUUUUCCUUUGCUUUUUUUUUAAAAAGGAAGAAAGAAAAUCAUUUGAAAAUUAGGAAAUAUGACAUAAUACCGCGGAUAACAAUCUUAAAAAUUGUAGCACUUUGUUUUGGAUUUGGAUCUGUAGCACUGAGGAUGCCACUAAAAAUAGAGGCCUUUAUUGGAAAAAAAUUUGUUUUGCAUACUUCCAGAGUAGACAUAAAAAGACUGAAAAAGAAAUGGGCACAGGGGUUUUCGAAAGGCAGCUAUAUUCAUAAAAGCAAUAGCAAGAAUUGUGCAUUAUUAGAGGGAAUUUGUUUUGUUACUUAUGACUUGUUUUCACCUUUCUACUAUUUUUUAAUCUUAAUCAAUAAAGAGAACUUGAGAGCCCUGACCAGCUGCAGCUGCAAGUGGAAAAUUUAGAAAGCUCAACAGAAAGGAAACCUGACUUGUUUUUCUCAGAUGUGCCAGUUACUUUGAGGCCUUGUUCACAUUCAGCAUUGCGCAUGUGAUAAUUAGAAUUGCCACUUCAUAGUCUGAAUAUGUGACAACUGCUGUAAUGACCAUUCCAUAGCAAAUGCAGCCAUGGACCAGUUCAUGUUUUUAUUGAACAUUGGUUUGUCUUACAAGUGCACGUGCCUGUGUGGAUGUGCACACAUGCCAGUGCACAGAGACACACAGUAAUGGUAAAGGAUUAUUUCAAUUAGAAUUGUCAUUCUGUAAAAAAAAUCUUAAUGAAUUAAUCUGCACAGAUUUGCCUAGUAUUCAAACGGUGCUUUUGAAGGGGAAAAACCAGUUUCUUUUAUGUUUAGAUGGUAUGUGUAUAUAUUACAGCAGGUGCACAUCUUAAAAGAGACAUUCCAUCUUGUGUGGGAAUGAAGGGAAGGGCACAUGCUUUGCAUGCAGAAGUUCUCAGGCUCAGUCAUCAUCUCCAGGUGGACUGGGAGAGACCCCUGUCUGAAAUUUCUCCCUAGAAAAUGUUUUCCAGUCAGUACUAAGCUAGACUUGCUGGACAGCAGCUUCCCAUGUUCGUAAGGGACAUAUGCCUCUUCUAUUACCAUACUUGCUUUCUGCAGUUUUUAGAAGUUGUUCUAUUAAAACCAUUUUAAAAAUAACAAUUGCCCGAUUAAUCAUGGAUGCCUUGUUCUCUACAGGCCUUUGCAUACUUUCCUGGGAGUAAGCCCAGUUGAAAACAGUGUAACUCACUUCUUUGAGUGAUGUUGCAUAUCUGUUAAAGAGAGUUUUACAUUUAUUAACCUAAUCAAUUAAUUAAGGUUGCAUCUAUAGCACUAAUACAUAUGAUUGGUUUGGUCUGAAUGUCACCCCAAUAUCACAUCAGGCAGUUCAGUGAGAGAUGAUUAUAUUUAUGCUUAUUGAUGCUCCAGUCAGUUAUACUUGCCUAAGUACUACCUUUGCCAGAUUCCCUGGAUGAACUAAACUCCAGUGUACUACUCCAAUACCUUUUGAACAGCAAUGCCACAAAAUUUUAUUCCCUGGGAUACAUCCAUGUGUCACUAUUGGAUGCCAACCAAGUAACCUUCCAGAAUUCUCAGUUGAAAUGAGCAUGUGGAAGGCAUAUUCUUUUAUGGAUUGGAGCCUGCUGAACAGAAAGCAGAGCACAGGAAUUGUCUGAUCUCGCAAAGAGAUGUAAACAGUGCAGAAAUAUAUUGGUACCGGUGCUUCAUAAACUGGUCCUUAAAGGUCUAGAGUUUGGGAUAAAUACUAUAUCACCAAAUUUGAAGAUGACACCAAGAGAUUUACAGUAGUUUAAGCAAAAAGGAAGUGCAGAAGACUGCAAAAGGUCUAUCCAAAUUGGCAAACACAAUUCAGAGUAACCAAAAUUGGCAAGAGCAGUACAACCCAGGAGAGAAAGCCUUAUUUUACAUUAUCUGCUGAUGAGGAACUAACUUGGGCAACUUCAAGAGGGGAUUAGACAAGUUCAUUGAAGCUAAGGCUAUCUGUGGCUACUAGUCAUAAUGGCUGUAUGUUCAUUCUUUUGUUGGAGUAGUAGACCUCUUCAUACCAGAUGGAAAGGAACAUUAUCAGUAGGCUGCUAUUAUACUCAAUGUUUUUCUUAUGGGUUUCCCCAGGCAUCCAGCUGGCCCUUGGGCAAAUAGAAAUCUGGCCUUUGGUUUCAUCCAGCACAGUUCUUCUUAUGUUAGCAUGUAUCAAGUUUUCCUCUAAUCUUACUCACAUUUGGUAUCCAUUGUAUGGGUUCCCAGUGCAGUGCAUUCUGGGAAAUCUCCCUUGUGCAUGAUUUUUUUUUAAAAAAGCCCUCUAACUGGCACCUGUUGAGAAUGUUUAUCUCAACCUUUUAGCUGUGAAGUGAGGCAAGAAGGGGAGCAGGACUCUUUCUGGUCACAUUGUGGAGGGGAGUGUUAACCCCCCCCCCCCAUGCAUAGUGCAUUCCAAGUAAGAUUUUCCUCACCACCUGCGCAUAAUUAGAGGAACACUUGAUAGGUUGUUGCAUGCUCUGUAUCCAACAAGCAUCUAGUUUGGCCCUGAGUUUUUUGUAACAAAAAAAUAGACUGCCACCAUUUAAAAAAAAAUCAUGAUAGGGUUCAAGGUGUCACAACAUUUGUUUUUCUUUUUAUACCAGCAUGGCGUAAAAUUAAUAGCUGAAUAAGGUCAGAAGUUCCCAGAAGACCAUAAGAUCCAAUUUCCCAGCACACUUUAGCCCAUCCUAGUCAACUCAGAAAACCCACAUUAAAGUGUGCUACUGGCAGCAUGUAAGUAAACCUCAGCAUGCCUUGCAAAUCGGUGACUCCAGAUCUCCGAAGCCCGUGUGCCGAAUAAAAUCCUUUCCUCAGGCUGCGUACUCAAUCCAACCCGAGCAGCAAUGCCUCCUGUGCUCCAAAUAUUGUAGUCAUACAGGAUUAUUUCAACCCCCUUGGAGCUUUCAUCUCUCCCAGAUUAAUUCACAGCACAGUGGGAAAAAGCUCGCAAUAUGUGUGCAAGCCAUUCAUAAGUUUACACCCACAUAGGAGGAAGGCAUUAGUCCCUGUGUAGUUGUAAUUGUGUGGAAGAAGGGAGUAGGUGUUACCUGAUAGCUCCCUCAUUGUGUCCCCUGCUGGCCUUGAUUCCCUCUAUCAUCUCUGUGUUUGGGAUCUGUAGUAAGGAGUCUGCUGUAUUUGCAGAGGUCCUCCAAUAAUGUAGAACCCUGAAUUAUUGAGGGCUUCAAAUCAUGGAGGAGCCUGUGUGCAUAGUGCCCCCUCUGUCGUCAUGGUUUCCCAAUAGAAGGACAAUAAGAGCUAACAGGAUAUAGUGGCACAGUCUUCUUUCUCUCCAGAUGAUCAUAACCACUUAUACAAUAACCCCUGAAUAGAGUAUAUUUAUUUUGAAAUGACCCUGCUUAAGAACAUCUGAUUUAAUAGUAAGAGUACAUGGUCCCUAACUUUGCAUUGCCCAAUUAAUAGGUUCAAUAUUAGUGGUUGGCAAGCCGAAUGUAGUCCACCAGCAAGAUAAUGCUGUUCUUGAUGCUUCUCUGGAGUGCAAAAACAGAUUCUCAGAUAAUGCACAAUUGUGUUAUUGUAAUGAAAAGAGGUAAAGAUCUGCAGACCACUUCUUUUUGGAAUAUUUCCAUUUAAAUAAUUGAGAAAUAUUGAUAAAAUGUCUGUUUAACAUUUGGGGAGUACCGUCUUUGGAAAAGUAUUAACAAUGAAAGGGUAUACAAAUUAAGCUAAACUCUGCAUUUGACAUCACAGAACUUGAGGCCUGUUUUAGACAGAAGAACUCAUAAUUUAUUGAUUUAAAACAUAAUGAAGAGCUUUGACAUUGUAAACUAAUUUUACCUUUUUAAAUUUCCCUGCAUGCCUGCCAGUUCAGUUCCAGUUGCAUUUUACGCAUUUGUUAGGGUAACAGGCUGUCCUUAUCUUCUUCCGUUAGGCUACAUAGUCAUGGAGACUCUUUCAGUGGAAAUGCUGAAAAACCCUUUGAAUUUUACUGAAGUUACUGGAUAACUUCAGUGUUACUUCUAUUUGAAACUAUUGUUUGGCAGUCUUUUUCAAACUUUUGCCUUUUUCUAAUAGCAAAUUAACCCUGUGAUGGAGACGGUGGAGUCAGUGGAAAGACCCCCAUAGAUCUACAGCUUACAGCAUUUCUUUGGAGAAGGAAUAGGCCAAAUGUUGUAGAUUAAAAUUUAAAUCUAGAUUGGCUUUUCUAUGAUUUAGCCCCAUGAUUACAUGCAAGAUCUGAAUGCUAGGAGAGUGAGAAAUGCCCUUGUGACCUUUUCCCUCCUCCUAGUUCAGUGUGUGUAUGUUGAUUGAGCUGCAAAGUCUAAGCUGUAUGCGUCUUUCCAUGCUUCUUUACAUAUGUUGUGUUGAUAAUAGGUUCAUGGAACAGUGGGAUCUAUCUUAUUUCCAUGAGCUUUUUGGUCUGCAGAUGUAUCUCUCACAUGAGCAUACAUACUGGGACUCCAUAAUGGCUAAAAAUCCUCCCUUUUCUAAUCAGAAUAGGUGCCCUCAUCCAACCACCUGUCUUAAUUAUUUUGUUAACCUGCGAUAGACAUAUAUAUAUACUUACACACAGAGAGACACACACACACAAACACAGCAUAAUUUGAAUUACCCUGAUCUAGUCUAUCCAGACAGUGGACAACAUCGUAAAAGCUACACAUUUUGAUUCUGUUGACCCGCACUUUAAAACUUUUUGUUUGCAUUCAAGACCAGCGGCUUCUAAACAAGAAAUUACAGCAUCUUUGUCUUUGCUUGGCCCAGAGGUGGGUGAAACUGUUAAAGGGGGACAUCUGAGAUUAAGUGUCAGUGUUGCUAAGCGUGGCAUUCACAAUACUGGCACUAUAAAGAAAAUAAUAAUUUAUUGGACAGUUUUUCUACUGCCAUUUGAUUCGAUGUGAGUGCCUUGAAAACUGAUCUUCCUAUUGAGUCUCUUGAGACAAAUGCAAACAUUUUUGUGAAAUGAAAAGACUUUUAAAAAAAAGUAGAACAAGAAAAGUAUGUUCUUAGGUUUUAAAAACAAACAAAAGAGCCACAUUUACUUUAAAAAAAACCCGGUUGAAGAUAGUGGACAUGAAAAUGCCAUAAGACCCAAUCAAAUGAAGAUGUAUAUCCAGCACAACUUCGGAGAUCCAUUUGCUGAAUUGUUCUCAGCCUUUCUCUUUUUUUUCAGGACAACGCUGCUUAGGAAAUGGAAUGGAAAUGAUUUACUGCUGAAUUAAAACUCAAAUGACACAAAUUGCAAGUUGUUAUCAUUGAAUGAAAAAAAAAUUCAGGAACAACGGCUAAUUUUUUUAAAAGUUAAAUUUAGUGCACUCUGUCUUAAAAUACGUUUACAGUAUUGAAUACAUACAAGGGUAAAAAAAUUGUGUGUAUGUGUGUUUGAGCAAUCUCUCUUUUUUUUCAAAGUUUGCUUAAUAGGUUAUUAAAAUGCCAUAAUGGCCAUGUGUAUAUUGUUUUCUUUUGGUGACGGGGUUUUAGUAUAUAUUAUAUAUAUUAAAAUUUCUUGAUUACUGUAAAAGUGGACCAGUAUUUGUAAUAAUGGAGAAUGCCUGGGCAUUUUACAAAACCAGAAAGAAAAAAAAAACUUUUCUCUUUUUUCCUUGAAAAUGUUGCAGUAAAAUUUUAAUGGUGGGUCUAUAAAUUUGUUCUUGUCACUGUAACUGUAAAGUCUGAGUUUUAGUAAUUUUUUUUUCUGCCUUGGGUGUUGAAUUUUUAUUUCAAGAAAAAUGUAUAGAAACUUGUAUUUGGGGAUUAAAAGGUGACUGCUACACCAUGUAGAAAAAGUAUGUAGAAAAAAUGCUUAAUAUUGUUAUUGCUUUGCAGAUUAAAAAAAAAUCACAUUUCUGACCUGUACCUAUUUUUAUCUUCCCCCGCCCCAUCCCCUCUUCUGGAAUGGAUAUUGAUAUUGGUUGAUUCAUAUAAUGUAGGCACUUGCUGUAUUUUUACUGGAACUUGUAAUUUUUUAACUGUACGCUUGUCCUUUUAAAGGGAUUUAAUGUACUUUUUUGUUAGUGAAUUUGGAAAUAAAAAUAAAAACAAACAAACAGGCUGCCAUAAUAUAUUUUUUUUAAUUUGGCAGGAUAAAAUAGUGCAAAAAAAUUUGUAUGUCAAGACCUUAUUGUACAGAAGGAAAAAUGAAAGGGUUGUUUGACGACCUGUGGGUAAGAGAAACAAAACAAUUAUUAUUUUUUAUUAUUAUUAUUUUUUCGGGGGCGGGUAUCAGGUUUGGUUUUGUUUGGAUUUUUCUGUUCACAAUUUUAGUUUUGUGUAUGUAUGUAUGUAUAUAUAUUUUUUCUGUCAGAAAUGGCCUACAGAAACAAAGCGCUGUUCCUACAGGGCAGUAGAAACGUUAAAGCCGCCUGGACCCCUUGUAUCAAGGCCCUCCCAGGCAUAGUUGAACUAGGAUGGAUGGCUGUCACCUGUUGUUGUUAACUGAAAUUCAAGUUUUGUGAAGACGUUUGACGUAACAUUCCACAGAUGCCCCCUUUUUUAGACACAGGGUGGUGACCUUUCCUGGCAAAUGUUCUAACCCUGCUCCUGAGUGCUUAAGAUAUUCAGUGCUCCUGGCUUAGAUGGCGCUGACAUCUGUUGAGGGAAGAAGGAGCUGUAUCCUUCCACCAUCCCUGAAGAGGAGAUCGGCACUGUUAAUGCGCUCUGUGCCGACUCUCUGAAUACUCGUUCGGACCUCAGCCAGCCUGAUCUGCUGCAAGGCCCUCCAUUUUGUACAGCACCCUUUUGCUUGAGAGGUGUUUGAUCUGGAGCCCUUGCCUGAUAAGGGCACCUGUGCGUGACCACCUUGACCCCCCCCACCCCCUCACAGCUUGCAGGUGAAGCUGUUUUGCAAGGGGGGAAAAUGGAAGUGCAGCAUUCUAUUCUGUUGGUACAACUGUGAAUUGGAUUAGCGUUUAAAAAAAUGGUCCAGGCGCAUCCCUGCUGUCCCCAUCCCCCACACUGUCAGAAAGGGACCAUGUACAGGUUUUGCCAAUCUGUGUUCUUUUGUCUGCUUUGCUGCUGUUGACUCCUAAUUGUACAUUCCAUAAAUUUCUCCGAUAUUUGAAGGACUGGGAUGAAAUUCUGUGCCUCUAAGUUGAGUGGCCCUCUUCCGCAACAGCAUUUAUAUUUAAUUGGGAAAGGCAGGCAGGGGGAAAUACUGAUGUGGUGUUGCAGUGCUAGUGAAAAUUUUAAGGAAAUGGCUCAUAAGCCAGGUAUGAAUUACAGGCUGUAAAUAUUUUUUAAAAGGAAAAAUGGGGUGGGGUGAACUCACGAUGGGGAGAAUUCAGAAUUCGCUUCUCAAGGAUGAGCCCAGGAAUGCAAGUAACUGCCAAAGGAAGGUUUCUGAGAGGUUGGAAAAAUCUCUGGAAAGGGGGUGGGAGCUAUGGGUUGCAGAGGGAGGAGCAGUUGGUGAGUAUCACAUUCCCAGUGAAUAAAUCAUGGGAUUUAUUCCUGAUGAACACAAAAGAAUCUGAAAGAGCAGUUGCAGCUUUGCGUAGUGAUUUUCCACAGUAUUCCAGAAACUCUGCCUUCUCUUAACAUGGAGUAAAUCCAGAGAAUCCAGUGGGGCAUAGUUUUGGUCAAAAUCAGGCAUAGAAUUUUAAUCCUUAGAUGUCAUUUUAUCCCAAACCAAUUCCACUAAAGUGAAUUCACAUAUGUGAGUACCACACUGCCUUUUUCAUUUUGGAUGAAGCAAGAUUUCAACCACUGCCAGCCAUCCUAUUACAUCACUUGAAUUACUGUGAACCCAGUAUCAGCCACUCCAAAGCACAAACAUUGUGUUCAGUGAAACCACAAUGCCCCCACUCCUUUUUUGCUUUUAGGAAUCCUGCUUUUUUACAAGGCCGUAAGCACAAUAUAGCAGACAUACUCUAGUUAUCUCUGCUGUUAUAACAAUUGUUACACUGCUAAAAUCAGCAAAAUUAAUUACAUUAAGUCAGAAUAAUUCCAUACAGCAAAGUUCUGUUUCAGUUAUAAUCAGUGGUUGACACAUUUCUGGUGCAGCAUUUUUUGGGUUUUUUUUUUCCUUUUCAAGGAUCUGACACGAAAAAUAAAGUUGUACCCUUUCAUUGUAUUUCAGCAUUUCAUCCUAGUCCUGAUUAAAUACAGUCCAAGGUUUUGUUUUUCACAGGCAAACUCAUUUUAUGGUGCUCUUUGUAUUUUAGAACUGCAAAGCAACGUAACGUUGAUUUCAGUUGUUUGCAUUUGUACCAGCAAGGCAAACUAUUUUUAUUACCUUUUUCUAUUACUUACUGUAUGAGCUUUCAUUGUUUACUUGGAGGUUUUGUCUUUCACAACAAGUUUGGAACUAUUUAUUAUUGCUUGGUAUUUGUGCUCCGUUGGAAAACAAAAUUGGAGCACUUUUUUAUGGAUAAAAAAUGUUGAGAUGGCAGGAGGUCAUUUCAAUAUCACUUAGUGAAAUAUUUAUUGUUCCUUUUAUUCUCUGUACAAGACUUUUGGCCUCUUUUCCCCCCUUACUGUCACACUGUUGAGUUCAGCAUGUGUCUACCAUUUCAUUUGUACGCUCGUUCAAAACAACGUUUGUUCC